GGUGGCGUCUCAGCUCCUGGGGCGCUGGCCCGGCCCAGAGGGGACAGGAAGCCAGGACACCGGGGAUUGUCUCCCCUCCGCAGCCCAGCCCCAGCCGGGAGGAAGUUCUGCCGAGCGCUCUCCGCCCGAGCCUCCCUCGCUAUAUUGUUGAACAGGAAACACGGCAGCUCGGGAGCCGAGCGCCGGACGCCGAGCCCCAGCGCGCCUGACCCGGAGAGUGGACGCGAGGCCGGCGAGCCUGCCCCGAGCUCCAGCUCCCCGAGAUUCUGCGGCCCGUGGAAGUCCCGCCCAGGUCAAUGGCCGGGGCCUGAGCUGCCCUCGCCGCCGGCUCCGCCCAUUCAGCCCAUGGGCUCCCUGAAGCCCCCUGCCGACGUGAGUGAGCUGGGGCCCGGGACGGCGGCGACAGGGGUCCGCUCUGAGGUCCAUGGGUUCAGUCCCGGGCAACUCCCCGGCCCCGCCUCCUCCAGAAGCCAGUGUGCUCCGUGACUCAGUUUACCCCCUCCCCCUGGCGGAAAGCAGAGAAGCGCUACGCUCCCCCUGCCUGACCCUGCUCCCAGCGUGUCUGGGGCCAGCCCUGAGGGCAGGAGGUGUGUCCAGAGACACGUCGCGGCCGCGAUGGCGGCUGACGUCGAGGGGGACGUGUACGUGCUGGUGGAACAUCCGUUCGAGUACACGGGCAAGGACGGGCGCCGAGUGGCCAUCCAGCCCAAUGAGCGCUACCGCCUGCUGCGCCGAAGCACCGAGCACUGGUGGCACGUGCGGCGCGAGCCGGGCGGCCGCCCCUUCUACCUGCCCGCGCAGUAUGUGCGCGAGCUGCCGGCGCUCGGUGACCCCGCGCCCACCCCACUGCCCGCAGUGCCCCACCCGGGCCCAGUGGUCCCCGAGCCGCUCGCCUACGACUACCGCUUCGUGAGCGCGCCGGUCGAGCCCCGGGGCCGCGCGGGCUCCCUGUGCGUCCCGUCGCGGCCCCAGCGCGGCAACCUGGCUCCUGGCCUGCCCGCCUGCCUGUACACGCGGCCCACGGCGCCCGUGCGGCCCGCGCAGUCCCUGGAUGACCUGGCUCGCGCCGCCGCCGCGCCCCCAGCCGGCCUGCUCGGGAGCACCGGCAGCUUCAAAGCCUGCAGCGUGGCGGGUUCCUGGGUGUGCCCGCGGCCGCUGGCGCGCAGCGACUCGGAAAACGUCUACGAGGCCAUCCGGGAUGUGUGCGAGCCGCCGCCGGACGAGCGCGCCGAGCAGGUGGAUGACGGGGAGCCGGUGUACGCCAACAUCCAGCGGCAGGCUCCGGCCACAUCGCCCGUCCCGGCCCCGGAGCCGGCCCCGGAGCCAGCCCCAGCCCCGCCGCCCGGCCCGGUGUGGGAGACGCACACGGACGCGGACACCGGGCGCCCCUACUACUACAACCCAGACACAGGCGUGACCACCUGGGAGUCGCCCUUCGAGGCUGCAGAGGGAGCCGCCAGCCCUGCCACCUCCCCUGCCUCGGUGGGCAGUCACGAGAGCCUCAAUACCGAGUGGGGUCAGUACUGGGAUGAGGAGAGUCAACGGGUGUUCUUCUACAACCAGCUGACGGGCGAGACGGCCUGGGAGGACGAACUCGAGCACGAAGCUGCGGACGAGCUGGAAGAACUGGAGAUGCAGCCGGACCUGAGCAUGGGCAGCCCCCGGGACCAGAGGCCCCCCACCCCUGAGACCGACUACCCGGAGAUGCUGGUUAGUUACCCCGAGGAGGACUAUUCCCCAGUGGGCUCCUUCAGUGAGCCCAGCCCCAACUCUUCCUUGGCUGCUCCCCCUGGCUGGUCUUGCCACACAGAUGCCGAUGGACAGAUGGUCUACACCAACCACGUCAGCCUAGAGCAGUGGGUGAGGUUGGAGGACCAUGGAAAGCCUUACUUCUACAACCCAAGUGAUGCGUCCGUCCGCUGGGAGCUGCCCCAGGUCCCCGUCCCUGCCCUUCGAUGUACCCUCAAAUCCAGCUCGGACAAUGAGAGUCCCACCCAGCCCACGCCUCCCAAGGAGAAGAUCAAGACCCUGGACAAAGCAGGUGUUCUCCAUCGCACCAAGACAGUGGACAAGGGCAAGCGGCUCCGGAAGAAGCACUGGAGUGCCUCCUGGACCGUCCUGGAGGGCGGCGUCCUGACUUUCUUCAAAGACUCCAAGAGCUCCACAGCAGGUGGCCUGAGGCAGCCCUCCAAGAUCUCCACCCCUGAGUACACAGUGGAGCUGAAGGGAGCCUCCCUCUCCUGGGCCCCCAAAGACAAGUCCAGCAAGAAGAACGUGCUGGAGCUGCGGAGUCGAGACGGCUCUGAGUACCUGAUCCAGCAUGACUCGGAGGCCAUCAUCAGUACCUGGCACAAGGCCAUCGCCCAGGGCAUCCAGGAGCUGGUCCCGUUUCUGCAGUCCGCAGACCUCCCGCCGGAGGAAGACAGGGAGAGCAGCCCCGUGGUGGACUUCGGGUCCAGCGAGCACCUGGGGAGCUGGCGGGAGAGAGAGGAGCAGCAGCAGACCGGCGCAGCCGGCCUGGCCCUGGGUCCGGGGGGUCUGGAGAGCGACCUGAACCGGGUCCGGCUCAAGCUGCGCAAGUUCCUGCAGAGGCGGCCCACGCUGCAGGCGCUCCGGGAGAAGGGCUACAUCAAGGACCAGGUGUUCGGCUGCGCUCUGGCCGAGCUGUGUGAGCGCGAGAAGAGCUCUGUGCCGCGCUUCGUGCAGCAGUGCAUCCGCACCGUGGAGGCCCGGGGCUUGGACAUGGACGGGCUGUACCGCAUCAGCGGGAACCUGGCUACCAUCCAGAAGCUGCGCUAUAAGGUGGACCACGAUGAGCGUCUGGACCUGGACGACGGGCGCUGGGAGGACGUCCACGUUAUCACCGGGGCCCUGAAGCUCUUCUUCCGAGAGCUGCCCGAGCCGCUCUUCCCCUUCUCGCACUUCCGCCAGUUCAUCGCGGCCAUCAAGCUCCAGGACCAGGUCCAGCGCAGCCGCUGUGUGCGGGACCUGGUGCGCUCACUGCCCGCCCCCAACCACGACACGCUGCGACUGCUCUUUCAGCACCUGUGCAGGGUGAUCGAGCACGGCGAGGAGAACCGCAUGUCGGUGCAGAGCGUGGCCAUCGUGUUCGGGCCCACGCUGCUGAGGCCCGAGACGGAGGAGAGCAGCAUGCCCAUGACCAUGGUGUUCCAGAACCAGGUGGUGGAGCUCAUCCUGCAGCAGUGCUCGGACAUCUUCCGGCCGCACUGACCCCGGCCCACCCGCACCUGCACCUGCACCCCUGCGGCGGCGGGCGCUGCGGAGCCGGGCGCGGGGUGCGCGGGCUUGAGCUCUGGCCCGCGCCGGCGCCCGGCCGUGAGCCUUCCGCGGCCCUCGGGGUUCUGGGAGUGGCCCCCCACCCUCGCCCCCGCAGGGGCAGUUCGCAAAAUGUGAGAUUUGGUUUUCCCUCCCCUGCCCCACCGGCCUGGAGAUCCUGGAGGGAGGUGGGAAAUGUUCUUUGCGGCAGCGCCACCUGCUGGACGCGUGCGAGAACACGCGCACGCGGUGAGAGGCGUUGCUGGGAGUUUGGGAAGGGCUGUUGGGGUGCCGGCCUCCACCUGAUGGACACCCACGUGGAUACUGUGCGUGACCACGUAGCCACAGACAACUUCCCUGCCUCGGAGACAGGACUGAGCCCCGUCUCUAGGGAUGAACCCCACCCCCACGGUCUGGAUAUGGGGGUCCCUCCCAGCCUCUGCAGAAACUGAACCCCUAUUUGUGCUGUGCAGGGGGCUCUUCCGGGCCCCUCACCUUGCUCCCUCUAGCCCCCACCCAUACACUCCCUGUCCACCGACAUGCCCAUUGUACGGUGGAGAAGCCUGAGACUUUGAGCAGUGGCCUGUUCAGGGUCUGGGGCAUCACCGGUACCCCCAGCCCGAGUGCCUGCCGCCCCAGAACACAGCUCCCCAGGAGAGUGGGUUCAGUCCCUUCAGCCAACACUCCCACCCCCCCCACCCCUCCCAAGUCCCGUGUGUGCCUAUGGGUAAAGCCAAAGAAGUUUGACUGGGUCCUGUGCGGAGUCCCUGAUGGUCAAGAGGAAGCUGACCAGUGUCCUUUGGGGGACCAUAGGCCUGGCAGAGCCCCAGCCCUUCUCACACCCUGGCCCCCAGGCAACUGGGAGAGGCUGGCGGGGGGGCAGGGAGGGGCAGGGUCACACGAGCCCCUCCCCCCCGGAACACAGACCACCUCACUCCUGCGCCCCAGGCCCCUGCCCACCGCUCAGCUAUCAGACUAUUUAUUGUGUCUGGGCCAGGCCAAGCCAUGCACUUGGAUUUUCUCUUCUGUGUCUCACAGCUCCUGUGGGCCGGGCAGGGAGAGAGUGAGGCGGAGACCUCGUGCCCUCCGCCUACGUAUUUAAGUUAGCAGUGAAGCCACAAUCAAUAAAGUAUUUCUCUGACACA